GACAUUAUGAACAAGGGAUUCUGGGUUUUGUUCGUGGUGUUUGGAACAGCUCUGCUCUGCGUCUACUUGUCCCCGAUUUCCGACAGUGAAGAUGUUCAAGAUGAGAGUCCCAUGAACUUAACGAAGCCGAGCAGGAAGCUUAAGGAGAGUAAUAUUCAUGAAGAAAAUGGUUAUGGAAACGUAGGCGUAGAUGAUUACCUCCCUAAUGAUCCGGUACCAAGUUCAGAGGCGGCAGCACUAAGGCCUGGGCCAAUCGAGCAUGGCACUCCGCUUAUGCCUUACAUCCCAACGCCUACACCUCCUGGACCAAAUGUUGGCUUUCCUUAGGAUUACUCAAAUCUGUUCAGUUUAAGGUUGUAAUAAGUUCUUCCGUUUCCACGCCCUAUGAUUGGGCAUACCUUUGAACUUCUUCUAAGCAGUAUGAACUACAAGUGGUUCCGAAUGUGGUUAACAGUGUGACUAUAGGCUCUUAAAAGACUCUUGCUAUUUGUGGUUAAGAUGCAGCAUGUUAGUUUUCUGUUUGAAUAAGUGGUUGAUCCCUAUUGUACAUCUGGGCUGUUAACAGUGUGAGAUUUGGUAAGAGUUGUUGCUUUGAAUGCAUUGUUGGGUUGUACCUUGCAUCC